UGUUGUUCCAGAAAUCAGACUUUCCUGGGAUUUCAAUUUUGAGUCAUCUCAAUCCACAUCUCCUGCCUCUUGGAAUUAUGUCCCAAGCAAACCCAUUUUCUGAAGUGACCUCUUCCUAAAUCUGCCUCAAGAGAAAUAGUGCCUGGCCGUGAUCCUGGCCUUCUAGUUGCCUGGACUGAAGAUCCUAACCUGCCAUUUAACCUACAGUGUGACGGCCUCCCAGUUUUCAGAUGGUUCUUGGGACAACUGCGGAGCUUCCGGACCUGAUGCGGGCGCCCUGUCUUGGACUGUCCCACCUCGCUCCUCUACUGCUCCGGGUGCUCCCGCGCCCAGACUGGUUUCCGGGGAUUGUGACUUGCAGGGUCCGCCAUGGAGCCAGAGCAGAUGCUGGAGGGACAGACGCAGGUUGCAGAAAACCCUCACUCUGAGUACGGUCUUACAGACAAUGUCGAGAGGAUAGUAGACAAUGAGAAGAUGAAUGCAGAAAAGUCAUCAAAACAGAAAGUGGAUCUCCAGUCUUUGCCAACUCGUGCCUACCUGGAUCAGACAGUUGUGCCUAUUUUAUUACAGGGACUUGCUGUGCUUGCAAAAGAAAGAUUUUAUUUAUUUUUCAACAGAGAGAGAGACAGCGAGAAAGGGAACACAAGCGGGGGGGAGAGGGAGGGGGAGAAGCAGGCCUCCCGCCGAGCAGGGAGCCAGAUGUGGGGCUCGAUCCCAGGACCCUGGGACCACGACCCGAGCCGAAGGCAGACACUCAAUGACUGAGCCACCCAGGCGCCCCUAAAUAUGCCUUUUCAUAGUAGGAUUUUAAAUAGCUGAUUCCCCCAACUUUUCAUCUUUCAACUUGUUUUCUCAGCAAGAAUAAUUUAUGGAAAAGUGAUAAAUAUGACUAUAUCUUUUGUUAACAUUUUUCCUAGUUUUAUUGAGAAAUAAUUGACAUAUAUCACUGUAUAAGCCUAAAGCAUAUAGCAUAGUGGUUUGAUUUACAUAUAUUGUGAAAUGAUAACCACAGUGGGUUUAGUUAACAUCCAUCGUCUUACACAGAUGCAAUAAAAAGGAAAAAAGAAAUAAAAAGAAAUUCUCCUUGUGAUGAGAACUCUUAGGUCCUUCCCUCAACAACUUUGCUGUCUGUCACACAGCAGUGUUAGCUGUGGUCAUUGUAGCGUACAUCAUAGCCCUGGUGCUUACUCGUCUUGGAACUGGAAGUGUGUUCCUUUUGACCACCUUCCUCCAGUUCCUCAUUCUCCCACCACUUAAUUUUUUUUUUUAAAGAUCUUAUUUAUUUAUUUGACAGAGCUAGAGAGAGAGAGAGAAAGCACAAGUAGGCAGAGCAGUAGGCAGAGGGAGAGGGAGAAGCAGGCUUCUCUUGACCAGAGACCCAGGACCCUGGGAUCAUGACCUGAGCCAAAGGCUAAUGCUUAACCGAAUGAGCCACCCAGAUGCCCUUACUACCUCUUGAUUUUAAAAUAUGUUUAACUUCUCAGUUGCACUGUGUGGUAGCAGUAUUAGAACUAUUAGUGAUUUAAGUAUUUGAAGUAAAAUAGAGGUGCCUUUUCUUUCUUUUUUUUUUUUAAAGAUUUUAUUUACUUGUCAGAGAGAGAAAGAGAGACAGGGCACAAGCAGGGGGAGCGGCAGGCAGAGGGAGAAGCAGGCUCCCUGCUGAGCAAGGAGCCCAGUGUGGGACUUGAUCCCAGUACCCUGGGAUCAUGACCUGAGCCAAAGGCAGACGCUUAACCGACCGAGCUACCCAGGCAUCCCUAGAGGUGCCUUUUUAAAAAGAAACAUACCAGUACUUGUCCAAAUGAAUAUUGAAUCCUUUGAUUAGUUUUUCGGGUGUUGAUCCACUUGUCUCAGUGAUGCUACAGCCAUUUUCCCAUAUUGUUUUUGUACUCUUAUUGAAGGGUAAUACCUGCGGAAAAAUUGUGCGUAUCGUAGGUGUAUGGUUUGAUGAAUUUUCAGAAUCUAGACAUAUCCACAUAACUUGCACUCAGAUCAAGAAAUGAAUACUGUCAGAAUACUCCAGAAUUCUCCCUCAUGACCCCUUUAAGUCAUUAUCCCCCCUGGGUAAUCGUCAUCCCAUUGUCAAAAAUUACAUUUUUGAAACUUGUGUUUUAGAAUUGUGUUUAUAACCAGAUUUAAGCCAUACAAAACUUUCAGUCUCUUUUAACUAUGUUGUUGACUAACCUACUUGCCUGUUUUACUUAACCGUAUUUACCACAAAUGGCCUUUGAGUAUAAAAUGAAAAUUAAUCUGAAAAAGAUGUGUUUCUGUUAUGGAACAAUACAUUUAAGUUAAUACACUUAGAAUAUAAAUUUCUAAAUUUUGGAUUUCUUUUCCCUUACAGACCACCAAAUCCCAUUGAAUUUCUAGCAUCAUA